CUGUCUUGUUUGGCCCUGACCGCACGCUGUCCAAGUGCCCUGCGGGUUGCUAUAGAGACCGGCGAGCGCUGGGCCUGCGAACUCCAAAGAGGCGAGCAUCGUGCCCCGGUGGACUUUUGCGGACCAAACCGCCAUGUCUUUCCGCGACCUCCGCAAUUUCACAGAGAUGAUGAGAGCCCUGGGUUACCCACGACAUAUCUCUAUGGAGAACUUCCGCUCUCCCAACUUUGGGCUUGUCUCUGAAGUCCUCCUGUGGCUUGUGAAAAGGUAUGAGCCACAGACCGACAUCCCUUCUGACAUUGAGACCGAACAAGACCGAGUUUUCUUCAUUAAAGCAAUUGCCCAGUUCAUGGCCACAAAGGCACAUAUAAAACUCAAUACUAAGAAGCUUUAUCAAGCAGAUGGGUAUGCCGUGAAAGAACUGUUAAAGAUCACAUCCGUUCUUUAUAAUGCAAUGAAGACCAAGGGCAUGGAGGGCUCUAAAGUGGGAGAGGAAGACAUCAGCAAGUUCAAGUUUGACCUUGGCUCUAAGAUUGCAGAUCUCAAAGCAGCCAGGCAGCUUGCUUCUGAAAUCACUGCCAAAGGAGCAUCUCUGUAUGACUUGCUGGGCAAAGAGGUUGAGCUGAGGGAACUGAGAACAGAAGCCAUUGCUAGACCUCUAGAGAUAAACGAGACUGAGAAAGUGAUGAGAAUCGCAAUAAAAGAUAUUUUGGCACAGGUUCAGAAGACUAAAGACCUGCUCAAUAACGUGGCCUCUGAUGAAGCUAACUUAGAAGCCAAAAUUGAGAAGAGAAAAUUAGAACUGGAAAGAAAUCAGAAGCGACUCAAGACCCUGCAGAGUGUCAGGCCGGCCUUCAUGGACGAGUAUGAAAAAACUGAGGAGGAGCUGCAAAAGCAGUACGACAUUUAUCUAGAGAAAUUCCGGAACUUGGCUUACCUGGAGCAGCAACUUGAGGAUCAUCACCGGAUGGAGCAGGAGAGGUUUGAAGAAGCUGAAAAUACUCUCCGUCUCAUGCAGAAUAAGCUAAAGGAGGAGGAAAAGCGGCUGCUCAAGAGUGGAAGUAACGAUGACUCAGACAUAGACAUCCAAGAGGACGAUGAGUCUGAUAGUGAGCUGGAGGAGAGACGGCUGUCGAAACCUCGAACAGCCAUGGAAGUGCUCAUGCAAGGAAGGCCCAGCAAACGCAUCGUGGGCACAAUGCAAGGUGGAGACUCUGAUGAAGAUGAGGACUCGGAGGACAGUGAGAUUGACAUGGACGAUGACGAAGAGGACGACGACGAUCUGGAAGACGAAAGCAUUGCUCUCUCGCCAGCUAAGCCCAGGCGACGGGUCCGCAAGCCUGAGCCCCUGGACGAGAGCGACAAUGACUUCUGACCUUCUUGCCAGGGGACCCAGGCAGACUCAGAGCCUCAGAGCUGUAGGUAAACAGGGAAUCAGCAGACUGGAAAGGUAACAUGUAUCUGGUUCACUACACCAUCUGGGCUUAACCAUUAUCAAAACCAAGCCCAAUAAAGAUACUCUUUUGUCUUAUUUCCUAACACUUGGGCAAUGCAUGUGUUCUGAGUAAUUAAAAUCUACAAGAAAAGCUUUGAGGAGAAAUAUAAACUGUCACCAUGUAA